AUGCCGACCCUGCCCAUCAAGUUUCAGGAGCUUGUCCAGCUCGCCAAUGUUGGCGUGGACACACAGAGCAUUGGCUUCAACUCCUGCACACUCGAGUCCGACUCCUACGUGUGUGUGCGAGAGAAGAAGAACGAAGCUGCCCAACCUGAGGUUGUUAUUAUUGAGCUCAAGAAUGGCAACAACGUCACCCGUCGGCCGAUCAAGGCCGACAGUGCCAUCAUGCACUGGAACCGACAGGUUAUUGCUCUCAAGGCUCAGUCUAGAACACUGCAGAUCUUCGACCUCGAGCAAAAGAAGAAGCUCAAGUCCUGCACCAUGAACGAGGAUGUCCAAUUCUGGAAGUGGAUCAGCGAGAACGAGCUUGGUCUUGUCACAACAACCAGCGUCUUCCACUGGAAUGUCUACGAUGCGGGUCAAGAUGCCCCCGUCAAGGUCUUCCAGCGCAAUGAUAACCUCAACGGCUGCCAGAUCAUCAACUACCGAGUCAACAGCGAUGGCAAGUGGAUGGUAGUCGUUGGUAUUUCAUCCCAGCAGGGCCGUGUGGUUGGUGCCAUGCAGCUCUACUCCAAAGAUCGUGGAAUCAGCCAGGCCAUAGAAGGUCACGCCGCCGCCUUCGGUACCCUUCGCCUAGAAGGUGCUCCCCAAGAUACCAAGUUCUUCAGUUUCGCUGUACGAACGGCAACCGGCGCCAAGCUUCACAUUGUCGAGGUCGACCACCCCGAGUCGAAUCCAGUUUUCCAGAAGAAGGCGGUUGACAUGUUCUUCCCCCCCGAAGCCACCAACGAUUUCCCCGUCGCUCUCCAGGUUUCUCAGAAGUACGGCGUCAUCUACAUGGUGACCAAGUACGGCUUUAUCCACCUUUAUGAUCUUGAGACUGCCUCGUGCAUCUACAUGAACCGAAUUUCGAGCGAGACGAUUUUCACAACAUGCACGGACGACGGCUCCUCUGGUAUCGUUGGCAUCAACCGAAAGGGUCAAGUUCUUUUCGUGACCAUCGACGACAACAACAUCAUCCCGUAUCUUCUUCAGAACCCGGCCAACUCAGAGAUGGCUAUCAAGAUGGCCUCAAGAGCUGGACUUCCCGGUGCUGACAACCUUUAUGCCCGCCAAUUCGAGCAGCUAUUCAACGCGGGAAGUUAUCUGGAGGCUGCUAAGGUUGCCGCCAACUCCCCACGAGGAUUCCUGCGAAGCGCCGAGACUAUUGAGAAGUUCAAGCGCCUUCCUGUUCAACCUGGUCAGAUGGCUUUCACACUUCAAUACUUCGGUAUGCUUUUGGACAAGGGCGCCUUGAACCGUGAGGAGACCCUCGAGCUUGCACAGCCUGUUCUCCAGCAGAACCGCAAGCAUUUGCUUGAGAAGUGGUUGAAGGAGGGCAAGUUGGACUGCUCUGAGGCGCUCGGAGACUUGGUCCGUCCUUACGAUAUGAACAUGGCCCUUACCAUUUACCUUAAGGCGGAGGUCCCCGCAAAGGUUGUUGCUGGUUUUGCUGAGACAGGCCAGUUUGAUAAGAUUCUCCCGUACUCGGCUCAAACCGGCUAUCAACCUGAUUAUAUCCAACUUCUUCAGCACAUCAUUCGUAUCAACCCUGAGAAGGGUGCCGAGUUUGCUAGUGCUCUGGCUAAUAACGAGCAGGGCUCCUUGGUUGAUUUGGAGCGUGUUUGCGACAUCUUCCAAGGACAGGGUAUGAUCCAACAAGCCACUGCCUUCCUCCUUGAUGCGCUGAAGGAGAACAAGCCUGAACAUGCCCGUCUUCAGACCCGACUGCUGGAGAUGAAUCUCAUGCAUGCUCCUCAAGUUGCCGAGGCUAUUCUGGGCAAUGAGAUGUUCACUCACUUCGACAAGUCUCGCAUUGCCCAACUUUGCGAGCAGGCUAAUCUUCCUCAGAAGGCUUUGGAGCUCUAUGAGGACCCCGAAGCCAUUAAGCGCGUCAUUGUCAACAUUCCUGGCUCCCCCAACUUCAACCCCGACUGGCUCACCACCUUCUUCGGCAAGCUUUCUGUUGAGCAAUCCCUUGAUUGUCUAGAUGCCAUGAUGAAGACGAACAUUCGACAAAACUUGCAGUCAGUGGUUACUAUCGCCACCAAGUACUCUGACCUCCUGGGAGCUGUUCGCCUGAUUGAUCUCUUCGAAAAGUACAAGACUGCUGAGGGUCUGUUCUACUACCUCGGUAGCAUUGUGAACCUAUCUGAGGACCCCGACGUGCACUUCAAGUACAUUGAGGCUGCUACCAAGAUGGGCCAGUUUAACGAGGUUGAGCGAUUGUGCCGCGAUAGUAACGUGUACAACCCAGAGAAGGUCAAGAACUUCCUUAAGGAAGCUAAGCUGCCCGAGCAGCUUCCUCUGAUCAUCGUCUGCGAUCGUUUCAACUUUGUUCACGACCUGAUUCUGUACCUGUACCAGAACCAACAAUUUGCUGCUAUUGAGACCUACGUCCAGUCUGUGAACCCUACACGAGCUCCCGAAGUCAUCGGAGGCCUUUUGGAUGUCGACUGCGACGAGAAUGUCAUCAAGCAGUUGUUGCAGACCGUUAACGCACAGGCUAUCAGCAUUGAUUCGCUUGUUUCUGAGGUCGAGUCUCGAAACCGACUAAAGCUUCUCUUGCCCUUCCUCGAGAAGACCCUUAACGAGGGUAACCAGCAGCAAGCUGUUUUCAAUGCUCUUGCCAAGAUCUAUAUCGAUUCCAACAACAACCCGGAGAAGUUCCUGAAAGAAAACGAUCAAUAUGAUACCUUGACAGUCGGAAAGUACUGUGAGAAGCGUGACCCCAACCUGGCUUACAUUGCCUACUCCAAGGGACAAAAUGACUUGGAGCUCGUCAACAUCACAAAUGAGAACUCCAUGUACCGAGCCCAGGCGCGAUAUCUGUUGGAGCGAUCUGAUAAUGAGCUGUGGGGCUUCGUGCUGAGCGAGAACAACAUUCACCGACGAUCUGUUGUUGACCAAGUCACCGCGACCGCGGUUCCUGAGGCUAAUGACCCUUCGAAGGUCUCCGUGGCCGUUGCUGCUUUCCUUGAGAAUGAUCUACCUCUCGAGCUUAUUGAACUUCUUGAGAAGAUCGUUCUCGAGCCUUCACCUUUCAGCGAUAACCAGAAUCUCCAGAACUUGCUUAUGUUCACUGCUGCCAAGGCUGAUAAGGGACGUGUCAUGGAUUACAUUCACAAGCUCGACAACUACAACGCCGAUGAGAUCGCCACCGCCUGUAUUGAGGUUGGCCUCUUUGAGGAAGCUUUCGAGAUUUACAAGAAGGCCGAUAACAAGUCUGCUGCUGUUGACGUCCUGAUCGAGAACGUGGUCAGCAUCGACCGUGCCCAGGGUUAUGCCGAAGAAGUUGACCUGCCCGAGGUCUGGAGCAAGGUUGCCAAGGCUCAGCUUGAUGGUCUUCGUGUUUCUGAUGCUAUCGAGUCCUACAUUAAGGCCGAGGACCCCCGCAACUACCUGGAGGUCAUUGAAGUUGCUACCCACGCCGGCAAGAACGAGGACCUUGUCAAGUACUUGCGCAUGUGCCGCAAGACCCUCCGCGAGCCUGCUAUCGACACUGCUCUGGCUUUCUCUUAUGCUCGCCUUGACCAGCUCUCCGAGCUUGAGGACUUCCUCCGAGCUACCAACGUUGCUAACAUUGAGGAGUCUGGUGACAAGGCUUACGAGGAGGGCUUGUUCGAGGCUUCCAAGAUCUUCUAUACUAGCAUUUCCAACUGGGCCAAGUUGGCAACCACUCUUGUUCACCUCGGUGAUUACCAAGCUGCCGUUGAGUGUGCCCGCAAGGCCAACAACAUCAAGGUGUGGAAGCAGGUUCACGAGGCCUGUGUUCAGAAGAAGGAAUUCCGACUUGCCCAGAUUUGCGGUCUCAACCUGAUUGUCGAUGCUGAGCAACUCCAGACCCUAGUCAAGGAGUACGAGCGCAACGGUUACUUUGACGAGCUUAUUAGCCUUCUCGAGCAAGGCCUUGGCCUUGAGCGCGCCCAUAUGGGAAUGUUCACUGAGCUCGGUAUCGCUCUCUCCAAGUACCACCCUGACCGCCUCAUGGAGCACAUCAAGAUCUUUUGGUCUCGCAUGAAUCUCCCCAAGAUGAUCAAGGCCUGCGAGGAAGCGAACCUCUGGCCUGAGCUGGUCUUCUGUUACUACCAUUAUGACGAAUUUGACAACGCUGCUCUUGCCGUCAUCGAGCGACCCGAGAACUCCUGGGACCACCAGCAGUUCAAGGAGAUCGUGGUCAAGGUUGCCAACCUGGAGAUCUACUACCGUGCUAUCAAGUUCUAUGUUGAGCAGCAUCCCUCGCUCAUCACUGACCUUCUUGCAACUCUUACUCCUCGUAUUGACGUUAACCGCGUUGUCAAGAUCUUCCAGAAGAACGAUGACCUCCCUCUUAUCAAGCCUUUCCUGCUCAACGUGCAAACUCAGAACAAGCGUGUUGUGAACGAGGCUGUCAACGAUCUGCUCAUCGAGGAGGAGGAUUACAAGACCCUACGUGACUCAGUCCAGAACUAUGACAACUACGAUGCUACCGAGCUGGCCAGCCGUCUGGAGAAGCAUGACCUCAUCUUCUUCCGCCAGAUUGCUGCUUCCAUCUACCGCAAGAAUAAGCGAUGGGAGAAGUCUAUUGCCUUGUCUAAGCAGGACAAGCUGUACAAGGACGCUAUCGAGACCGCUGCCCUAUCUGCCAAGACCGAGAUUGUCAGCGACCUCCUUCAAUAUUUCGUCGACAUUGGCCACCGCGAAUGCUACACUGGCAUGUUGUACGCUUGCUACGAGCUCAUCCGCCCUGACCUUGUUCUGGAGCUCUCAUGGCGCCAUGGCCUCAUGGACUUCUCUAUGCCUUACAUGAUCAACAUGCUCGCCCAGCAAACAAAGGACCUCGCCCUCCUGAAAGCAGACAACGAGGCACGCAAGGCAAAGGAGCAAGAGAAGGAGAAGACCGACGACAACACACCAAUCCUUGGCGCUUCUAGACUCAUGAUCACAGCUGGACCUGGUGGCAUGGGCUCUUCACCCUCGCCUGCACCAUAUGGCCAGGCAAACGGCUUCGCGCCGCAGCCCACCGGCUACGGUUUCUAG